GUACUCGUCCAAUGUUUGUUAAUCCUAUCCUUUAGUUUCUGUUUAUAUUUUGAAUAAACCGCCAUUAUAGACAAUCGAAAAUUUAUUUAGUAUCAGUCAAGAUUAAAGAAAAAACAUAUUUGGAUAAUUGCUAAUUAUAGCCUGAAUUUCGUUUAAUUAUAAUUGAGAAAUAAUUCUAAUACCAAAUUAUAUAAAAAACAACGUUUAUAACAAGAAGUGGUCAAAGAUUCGGCUAGAACUAACCUAAACAUUUUAACGUCAGUACACUUUAAUGCACAGGACACUGAACCAGUCAAUAUCACGAUUCUUUUGUUAAAUAUUAGCAUAUUUAAACAAUUAUUUGUCCAACAUGAUACAUUUAUUUAAAUUAUAAAAAAGGGUAAUGAGUAUGAUUUUUACAUUUUCGUUAGAUUUUAUUUACAUCGAAUGGAUACUUACUAAAGACGAUUUAUACAGCUCAGAUUAGAUACAUAAAAAUGAAUUAAUUAUAAUAUAAUUCAUGAGAAUCUUCAUAUGCAGUAAUCUUCACGUGGAGAGACUUAGACAAUCUAUAUUAUUUGCAUUAUAAAAAUUAUUCUUACCUAAUGUGAAUAAUGCAAGUACAGUCAAGCUAAUGACUACAUUUUGAUAUUUUAUAUUAAUUAGAUUCUGAAAAGUUGAUUUAACCAAAAUCUUUUUAUAAAAAUAGAGUAUUGUUAUAGAGUAUUGUAUAGAGUAUUGAGAUUUAAAACGUCGAUAAAUGACUUGAAUUAAUAAAUAAUAAAAAUAUGUUAUAUUAAAAAUGAUUUUGAAUUUAACGCGCGAAUAGUUGGUCUGUGAUGGCGGAUAGUUGUGUUUAUAUUUCUAUUACGUUUGAUGUGCACGUUGCAAAUGUUUUUACCUUAGUAUUUAUUAUUUUAUAAAUGUUAUUAUUUUUCAAUUUAUUAUGAUAAUGUACAUUUUUGAAUAAUAUUCAUACAUAAUACACAUUAAAAGUGGCCAAAUUCAUCAGUAAUUUUAUCCACUUCUUUACGAAAUAAAUAAUAGGACCCAAUAGCUGAUUGAAAAGUACUUAAAUGUCUAAAAGCAGUAUAUUUAAUAUUUUUUUAUAAACAUUGACUAUGAUUUCGAACUAAUUAUACGCGAUAGUGUAUAAUUACAGGUUAAGCAUCAGUUUGUAAAGCAGAAGAGUCUUUGUUAUUAUUCUAAUACAAAAUAUUGUGAUUCGAUUAUUAUUGUGCAAACAAAAUGACAGAACUUCUUACAACAUCAAUUACAUCUAAUGAAAUGCAAGAAAGAUGUAGUAUUUGGGUGGAAUCACAGAAUGAACAUUUGUAUUCUGAAGACACAUCCAAAGAUAAAACAGAAAAUAGUUGUAACGACUAUGAAACCGAUUCUGAAUUUGAUUCCGUUUCAGAAUGUGGUGGUAAAAGACGUAGAGUAGGGAAAUAUUUAAAGCAUGAAGUUUUACAUUUAAUUUGUGAAUGGAAAGAUUGUAAAUUUGAUAAUAAUUACAUUGAAGUAUUUACAAGACAUGUUGCUAAUCAUAUAAGCGAUUUAGAAAUAAAAGUUAAAGAAGACAAUACAGAGGUUUAUGUAUGUAAGUGGAAAAAUUGUUCAUAUGAAAGUGGUAUUUCUGACGAAAUUUCACGACACGUCAAUUACCAUUCUUAUCAUACUAAAUUAAAGUGUAUUGGAACAAAUAUUCGUGGAAGAAUAAAAUUGCCUAAAUGUAAUAGAGAUGCAGAUUGCAAGAAUAUUUUUGAUUCACCAGUACCACAUAUCUGUAGAUGGGAAGAAUGUUUAAAAAUUUUUUCUAAUUAUCAGAUGUAUUUGUAUCAUAUAAUUGCUCAUAUAGAUACUAAUCCACGUGGUAAUAAAGUAGAAGGUGGAAUUGAAUGUAAAUGGACUGGAUGCAAAAAUAAAUAUCCUAGUUUAUAUAAACUUAGAGAUCAUAUGAGAUGUCAUACUAAAGAAAAAAUAGUUGCUUGUCCGGAUUGUGGUACUAUGUUUGCUUCCAAUACAAAAUUUCAUACUCAUUGUAAAAGGCAAAUUCCUAUAGAUGUGCAAGGAUUUCAAUGUUCACAUUGUAAUAAAUUCUAUCCAACAGAAGGCAUUCUCCGUGAUCAUAUGAGAUUGCAUGUAUUUAAUUAUAAAUGUACUUUAUGUGAUAUGACUUGUGAAUCUCCAGCCAGUUUAGCAAAACACGUGAGGUAUCGACAUGUAUCCACAAGAACUUUUCCAUGUCAGUUGUGUUCUCAUGCUGCUAAGUCCCAACAAGAUUUAGAUUCCCAUAUGACUGUUCAUACGAAUGGACCUAAUUUCUCUUGUCACUAUGAAGGUUGUUCUUUCACUUGUAAGGGUGCUUAUACAUUAGACAGACAUGUUGAACGUAUACAUAGUUUAGAAGUGAGAUGGUAUUGUUGUCAUGAAUGUCCUGUUAAAUAUAGAAAAAGUUAUCGCUUAACUAAACAUCUUAUUGAAGCACAUCAUUUACAAUUACCUAGUGGUCAUAAGCGAUUUCAAUAUGUACAAGAUGAAGAUGGCUGUUAUAGACUUCAAAUGGUUAGAUAUGAGACAGUAGAUGAAGAAAAUACUUUAUCUAUUGAAAAACCAAAUAUUACAGAAAAAAAAUAUAAGCUUAAAUUAGAUAAGACUUCAUCAUUAGUAAAAGUAGAAAUUUUAGAAGAUAAUACAGAAGAUGUGCAAGAUUUACAGAUAAAACCUAUAACAGAUUUUAAUAUGGGUAAAUCAAUGCCUAUUAUAUCAAAUAUUUUAAUAACUUUUGAUGAAAUAGAUGAAAAAGGAAAUAUAACAAAAAGUAGAAUUAUAAAUUCUCAAAGUAUAUAAAAUAUCA